GCCGACCUGAUCACCAGGAAGCCAUGACAACCCAUCUGUCUUGAUAGCCUCGAACCAACUCCAACCACCCAACUCGACCACCUCCACCACUACCGCCUCUCCCGCUCACCUAUGUAGCCACCUCUCCACACACUUACCGACCUACCUCACCACACCCACCCCCAAAAUGGCCCGCCGCCGCCGACCCCCUCGCCCCGGCGCCCUCGCCGACGUCUCGCCCCUCCGCAUCUUCACGCAGAUCGUGAUCCUGCAGGCCGCCUACUACGCGUCGGCGGCGGUGCUGAUUGUGUUCACGGCGCUGGUGGCGGGGACGCCGCUGCGGUUGGAGCUGCUGCUGAACUGGCGGACGGUGCGGGCGGAUAAUACGGUGGGGUGGAUGUAUGCGCUGGUGUGGGUGCUAAAUAGUUUGAUUAGGUGAGUUUGAAGUGCAUGGAAUCGGGGAUAUAGCGAGGGGGAAGGCGCUGGUGCUGGUGCCUUGGCGCAUUUAUUUGGAUGGAUGGUGGUGCGUUGAUCGGAAACGAUGGCUAACGUAUGAGAUUAGUGUGAUAUACCUCCUCAUCCUCGUAGCGCGCUCGAAACUCAUCCUCGAUUUCGCCCUUACUCUCCACGCCCUCCACUUCCUCGCGACUUCUCUCUACUCGCACU